UCAGUGCCCUCCUCACCCCUUUUCGCUUCCAGACUGGAGGUGAUUGAGCGACCGCCGCCCUCCGCGGGCACGGAGUUGAACUGCCCACGAAACGUCCCGCUUUGGCGAUGAAGAGCUCUGCCGCUGGUUUCUCCACGUGGCCAUUCGUGGCGGUGCCCUGGGUCAAAAAAUGCCUGGGAAUGGGUGUUUAUUCCUUGCAUUAGCUGUCCACUUGCCUUUCUACUUCGAUUUGGGUGGUCAGAUCUCAGCUGAGUGUGUCCUCAGUCAGUGACCACGAUGCACACAGAGCAGGACUUCAGCCGGUCAGCAGUUGGCGAGCUUAUGGACUGGAAGGCUAUCCUGGUGAGUGCAGCUGACCUACAAGGUUUUAUUUUCAUCCCAAACCCCUUCCUCCCAGGUUACCAGUGGCACUGGGUGAAGCAGUGCCUUAAGUUAUAUUCCCAGAAACCUAAUGUAUGUAACCUGGACAAACACAUGACUAAAGAAGAUACCCAAGAUCUAUGGGAACAGAGCAAAGAGUUUCUAAGAUAUAAAGAAGUGAAUAAACGGAGACCCCGAAGCUUACUUGAGAAACUGCGGUGGGUGACCCUAGGCUACCAUUAUAACUGGGACAGUAAGAAAUACUCAGCAGAUCAUUAUACACCUUUCCCUUCUGACCUGGCUUUCCUCUCAGAGCAAGUAGCUGCUGCCUGUGGAUUUCAGGGUUUCCAAGCAGAAGCAGGUAUCCUGAAUUACUACCGAUUAGAUUCUACACUGGGAAUUCACGUGGACAAAUCUGAACUAGAUCACUCCAAACCCCUGCUGUCAUUCAGCUUUGGGCAGUCUGCCAUCUUUCUCCUGGGUGGCCUCAAAAGAGAUGAAGCCCCCACAGCCAUGUUUAUGCACAGCGGUGACAUCAUGGUAAUGUCAGGUUUCAGCCGCCUGUUGAACCAUGCAGUUCCAAAGGUCCUUCCAAGUUCACAGGGGGAAAGUCUGCCCUGCUGCCUAGAAACACCUCCCCCAGCUGUCCUCCCCAGGGACGCGGUGGUAGAGUGCUGUUCCAUGGAGGACUGGCAGGUGUGCGCCAGCUACUUGAAAACUGCUCGUGUUAACAUGACUGUCCGACAGGUGCUGGCCACAGACCAGGACUUCCCUUUGGAACCCAUGGAGGAGAAUAAAAGAGGCAUCACCACCGAAGGUUACUGCCAUCUGGACGACGAGAAGAGCCACGUAAAGCGAGCGAGGUUAAACCCUGACAGCUGAGACUUGGAGUGUAAAUGACCAUGCUGUUGUAUUGCAUUUACUUUAGCACCAAGACAAGCCAAAAACAGAGACAAGAAGAACUCAUCUUGAUCACACUGUUGCCUUGGAACCCAUUCUGGCUAGUUAACUGACAUCACAUACAUGCCUCCCUAACCAGGACUGGACCAGACAGGUGUUCAGUCCUGCUCAAGCAGUAAUGUAUGUGAAGUCCAAGGAGGUGUGACAUUCCACAACAGUCUUCUCAGCCCCUGCCAGUACCUCUGAGGGAGGUAGAAGUGAGUUUCCAUGUCUGUGGAGUCUUUAAAUAUCUCACAUUUUAUUGAUGGGAAACGUAAUAGCCCUCCUACCACCCCAUCUAGUGAUUUUAUGAUAAAAUUGUGGUUCCAUGAAUCAACCAUCCAUCUCACUCCAUUAUUCCAAUUAACAUCAAAUCUUUUGAUCUUCCAUCUUUUCUGGCCUUCUUGCUGUUGGCUUUUAAAUGCAAUUUUAAUUGUUAGACUAAAAAAGUCCAAGGAUGUCCUGUAACUCUCUUCUCCGUGAUUAAACUUACUCAAUUUUAAAUUAAAGAUCUGUAUCUGUCUUUGAGGGUUAGUGUAUCUGGGAUUCGUUUUUUUCUAUUUCUACUUGCUGUAUUAUUCUCACUGUUGAAGCCCCAUAGCUGUUGAAGCCCUACCAAGCAUGUCAAACUCGUGAUCGGCGGGCCACAUGCCUCAUUUAUGUAAAGGAGGCAUGCAGCCUACGGGCUGCAAGCUUCACAUGCUUGCACUAUCCUGCUCUGCCCUAGGUAUUCUUUGGGGCUGUCUCAGAGGAGAGAAUUUUCCUUGGUGUCCCAGUCACUGCUGGCUUUUUUUGAUUGCAGACAACUUGGAAAAUACAUGAAAGUGUGAGUUUUAAUCUCUCUACCCUCACCAACUCAACUCACUAUACCCUAAGCUAAAUUACUGUACAUUUCUUUGGACCACACCAUUUUACCAGUGUUCGUGUGUGUAGUGUGCACAUGUACAGAAAAGGCUAGGUCUUUAAUACAUAAUAUAUAUUCCAAAUUCUCUAUAGUGAACAUACAUUACUUUUGAAAAAGGCCUUUGUGAUGUUUGUUUUGUGGGGUUUUUUAAAAAUAUAUUUUUAUUGAUUUUAGAGAGGAAGGGAGAGGGAAAGAAAUAGAAACAUCAAUAAUGAAAGGAAUCACUGAUUGGCCGCCUCCCACACACCCCACAUUGGGGAUCGAGCCCACAACCCAGGCAUGUGCCCUGACCGGGACUCAAACUGUGACCUCCUGGUUCAUAGGUCGAUGCUCAACCACUGAGCCACGCCACCUGGGCUUUCGAGAUGUUUUGAAGGCAGGCACACACUGAGCUCAGCAGCAGCACCUUUGUAAAGUGUCCACCCACCUUUCUAAAUGUGCUCUCAUCAGUUUUGUUCCCGUCUGAAGCCCUUUCCGUCUCUGAUCUUCCAAUUGCUUUAAAAUAUGUCUGGCUAAGAUGGAUCCUCUCACCCCUCUUGCUUAUCUCAGAGCCUCUUGCCUGUUUCUAGCCUCCAGCAUCGGGUUUUUCCUAGAAGGGUCCCAGGCCCUCAGUGAGACAUGCACGUAUUGCUGAACAGGACAGGCUCGGCAGGACUUGGUUCACAUGUUCUAAUAUUCCCAGUUCCCUUUUCACUAAAAUAAAGCUGGUCUUAUCCUUUUCUCUUUUCCCCUUUCUCUUUUCUUUUGAUUACAGUAGGGAAAAAAAUAAAACCCUAAUACCCUAAGUGGAUUCGACUAAGACAAAUUAGAAUGGUAAUGAGGCAGAAAGGAGCCUGGGGAAUGAUUAUUGAUCUCAGCGUGACGGGCGAGAGGAGCUAGGCAGGAAAACCUCUCACCUGUUUUCUUCCGUUUCAAAGGUUACAGUGGGAGACAAAGCAAUGCAAGUCUAUUUUCUUAGCCUGGGUAGUAAAUUUUUAUUGAUAGCCCUUUUGACCAACUAUCCUAUCCAAAUCUGAGUCCUCAUGGGGCAGAGUUUGUUAGGUCUCAAUUUGUUUUAUUGGUAAAAACAGAGUUCUUAAUAAGAUAAAAUGAUACUGUCGAUGGAAAGUAAAAUUGAGUGGUUAUCAGGAAAGCUAAGUUUUAAUAACACCUCCAUUACUUACCUGUGUACCUUGAAUAAGUCACUCAACUGAGGCCCAGUUGACCUUUUUUAAGCCACAAUUACUAUUUUUAAGACCCAGUUUGCUCGUCUAUAAGGAGGUUUUACCAAGUAAUCCUCUAUUACGUACCAGCUCUGCAAUGCUGUCAUUUUAAAAUGAGAAAUUAAUUUCAGAGUUUGGAUAAACAGCAAACAAAGCUACCCCAUGGGCAAGAUUUUUGGUAAGGAAAUCAACCAAAGGAUAGGAAAGGUAAACAAAAUGAACUUUUUAGGAGAACAAUAGCCAGUAAACAUGUGAAAAGAUGCUAAACUCAUUAGUAGUUAGGGAAAUAUAAAUUAAAGCAUGAAAUAUAAAUUUGUACCCAUUCAUUUGGCAAAAUUAAACAAUCUCUCAACUCCUCUAUCACUCACACCCUAUCUCUAUUCACCUCACUGUUACUGCACUGGCCCAAGCCACUAUAAUCUCUCAACUACAUUAUUGCUAUACCCGCCUAACUGACUUCUUCCAUGCUUGUCUCCACCGCCUACUCUCAUAGUUUGUUCUUAACAUAGCAGCCAGAGUGAGGCUAUUAACACCCAAGACAGAUUAUGUCACUCAUGCUCAAAACUUUAAUGUCACUUCUCGUCGGAGUUGAAGCCAAAUCCUUUCAGUUGCUUGCAAGUCCCUACCUAAUCUGACCUCUCUGUUUCCUCUUGGUUCUUUCACCAACUCCGUUCAAGCCACGCUUCCUCCUUGUUGCACCUCUGAACAGGCCCAGGACAUUCCUAGCCAAGCCUCUGCACUAGGCGGUUUGUUUCCUUUGCCUAGGACACUCCUCAAGAUUUGCACUCAUGUCCCUCAAAGGAGGCUCAAAUAUUGACUAUUCCAAAUCUCAGUCCCACUGGCAUUCCUAAUUUUCUUUACCAUAUUGUAUUUUUUUCAUAAUAUUUAUGACAACAUUCUACAUAAGUGACAAAAUAAGAAAAGAAUGCUUUUUAAAAAUUUAUUAUUGAAAGUAUUACAUAUGUCCUCUUAGAAAAUUAUGCUUUUUAAGAGAAUAUGAUAAAUGAUAAUUAGUGUUUUCUUCUACCAGGCUAUAGGUGCCACCGGGAUAGAUGUGCCCUAAUUUUCUAGAACAGUGACUGGCACAUAGUAGUUGCUCAAUACAUAUUUGUUGAAUGGAUGGAUGUCCAGUGUUGGUGGGAUGUGUGAAAAUGGGCACUCAUUCACUACUGUGAGAAGUAAAUUGAUAAAGUUAUUUGGAAUGUAAAUUUAUAAAGCUAUUAUCAGUGUUUAGCUAAAUUUUGACCCAGGGAUUUUAGGUAUUUUCCCUAUGGAAAUGCCUAAACAGGGACACAAUGAAAUGUGUAAAAAGAUGUUCAUUAUCAUGUUGUUCAUAAUAGUGGAAAACUGGAAACACCCAAAUUUUAAUCAGUGGGAAAGAGUUAUUUAAAUUAUGUUCAUACAUUCUAUGGAAUAUUAAUACAAUGCAGCUCUUUACAAGAAUGUACUGACAUGAAAAGGGCUCCAAGAUGCACUGGUUAUUGAAAAACAUGAAAUGGAAGAUUAUAUGUAUAAUGUAAAAACUAUGUAAAACUAUUAUGUAAGUAAAAAAAACUAAUAUGUAAAAACUAAACAAGACUAUUUUCUGAAUAUGCACAUACAUAUUUGUAAGGAAAUGGGGGAAAGAUACAUCCAAAUGUAAUAGUUGGGAGAAGAAAGGUUGGGAGGUGAUAAAAAGACUUUUACUCUUGA